AUGGCAAAGGAGGUUGUCCACGUGAUCGAUCUUGAAAGUGGGAACCUACGCUCACUCCAGAACGCCAUCGAGCACCUAGGAUAUGAGGUGGAGUUUAUUAGACGUCUAGAAGACGGCUCUCUGAGGCAUGUCCAGAAGCUGAUUCUCCCUGGAGUUGGCAACUUCGGCCAUUUCGUUCGCGAGCUGCGUGCGCGCGGAUUUGUGGAGCCUCUGAUAGAGUAUAUAGACAGUGGCCGCCCACUCAUGGGCAUCUGUGUUGGGCUACAGACAUUCUUCAAACGGUCAGAAGAGAGCCCAGAAGUACAGGGUCUGGGGCUUGUGGAUCUUGAUCUCAGCCGAUUUGACGACUCAGAUAAGUCUGUGCCAGAGAUUGGAUGGAACUGUGUUCGUGUUUUGGGCUCAGAGGACGACAAGACACUGUAUGCCAUGGAUCCGGGCUCUAGGUUCUAUUUUGUCCAUUCUUACGCAGGAAUCGUCAGCAGCGAGGAUAUCGACCGGUUGCAAAACGAGGGCUGGACUUUGGCCGUGGCAACUUACGGGUUGGAGACUUUCAUUGCCGCUGUGGUGAAGAAUAAUAUUUUUGCUACGCAGUUCCACCCAGAAAAGUCAGGAAUUGCUGGGCUCCGACUGAUCGAAUCGUUUUUGAAGCAGGAAAAAGAUACCACUAUUGUCAACAAGGCCCUUGAUGAUGUUGAGAAGACCCCUACGGGUCUUACACGUCGUGUGAUUGCCUGUUUGGACGUCAGGACUAACGAUAAUGGUGAUCUCGUUGUCACCAAGGGGGAUCAGUACGAUGUCCGCGAAAAAAGUGACGGUGGAGACGUGCGAAACCUGGGGAAGCCGGUGGAGAUGGCUGAAAAGUACUAUCGCCAAGGCGCAGACGAGGUGACCUUCCUCAAUAUCACAUCGUUUAGAAACUCUCCAGUGAAAGACGCUCCUAUGCUCGAAGUGCUGAGACUAGCAGCCAGGACCUGUUUUGUUCCCCUCACAGUUGGCGGAGGAAUAAAGGAUGUGGUAGACCCAGACGGCACUCGCAUCCCUGCUUUGGAAGUGGCCAGUCUGUAUUUCCGUGCCGGAGCAGACAAGGUUUCGAUAGGUUCCGACGCAGUGACCGCAGCCGAGAAUUUCUAUGCCAACGGCGGCAAAUGCACCGGCACGACACCAAUAGAGACGAUAUCCAAAGCAUAUGGAAUCCAGGCUGUUGUGAUUUCCGUCGAUCCAAAGAGAAAGUACAUUGCGGAUCCUGCCAAGUGCAAUUACAACUGCAUUGAGACUAAAUUCCCAGGACCUCACGGAGAAAAAUACUGCUAUUACCAGGUCACGUCGCAGGGAGGCCGUAAAGUCCAUGAGCUGGGUGCCUACGAACUCUGCCAGGCCUGUGAAAAAUUGGGAGCUGGAGAGGUGUUACUCAACUGCAUAGAUAAGGACGGAACAAACUCCGGAUACGAUUUCGAGCUCAUAAACCAGAUCAAAAGCGCGGUGUCAAUUCCCGUGAUAGCUUCCAGUGGAGCAGGAAAACCCGAACACUUCGAGCAGGUUUUCAAAAACACCUCCGUCGAUGCUGCUUUGGGAGCUGGCAUGUUCCACCGCGGCGAAUACACUGUCAAACAGGUCAAGGACUACAUGAGAGAACAUGGUCUGUGCGUGCGCUUAGACGAGCAGAUGGAAUAA